CCCUAGAUGUGGACUGGAGAUUGAUAUGGGGAUUUGAGGGGUUCUGGAUUGACAAAGGGGUAUGAUGGAUCUGCAAAGGGACAUGUCUACGUGUAUGCAUGAAUCUAGUAAAUCCAGUGUGACUAACCUAACCACGGGAGCUACUUCGGCCAAUGAUGGGGACGAAAAUCCUGUUCCUAUUAUUGAUUGGUCUUCUCUUGUGAUUGAACCUGCUAAUGAGGGGGACGAAAAUGCUGGGGAGGAAAAGGGGAUCCCGGAUGAAAAGCCGGUGGAUGAGCACGCCAUGUUUGCUCUGUUUGGUUUUAAAACAGAGGAGAAUGUGCGAGCUGCUGAUGUGAAGCCAAAUAUUCCUAUUCCUAAUUAUGGCCUACAUGAUUGUGAGGGUGCUGAUAUGUUUGUCGAUGAUAAGGCUCCAAAUGAGCCACUUAUUGUGUGGGACGAACGGCACCCGCAUAUGGAUGUUGGGACGCCAUAUCCUAAUAUGGUUGCAUUUAGAAAGGCCAUAAAACAAUUUGCUAUCAAUGGGGAGUUUGAAUAUGGCACUAAAAAAAAUGAGCCAGAGAGGUUUCGGGCGUUUUGUAAAGGUAAAUCCCAAAAAGAUGAACCUUGCAAAUGGGCCCUAACCGCUAAUUGGCAGCGAGAUGCAAAGUGUGUCAUGGUUGUGAAGCAUCAAACACAACAUAUUUGCAGCUCAACAAGUGGAAAAGUGACAAAUAUGACAUCCCAAUCUUGGGUGGCUGAUAAGGCAAAGGCUAUUCUGAAGAAAGAUCCCACCUUAAGUGCUGUGAAGUUACUUAAAGAGCUGGAAGAAGAACAUCAUGUCACACUUUGCUAUCGCACGGUGUGGAAAGGCAAACAAAAGGCUGCAACCAGCUUAUAUGGGAGUUGA